UGGUACUGAUUGCUGUUUUAAUCAGACAAGGAAUCGGCCGUAGCGGCCGCCCAACGCCGGGUGCCCAGGUUCUCGUCGGCCCCUCGCCAUGUCUUCGCCGGACCCUUCGCCAGCGACGAGCACCCCCUCGCCGGCGACGAGCACCCAACAGCAGAAGCAAUCGGAGAGUUUGGUAAAUCUACUGGCAGAGGCAAGCAGGUUCUACCGCAGAGCAUAUAAUGAACUGUUCUCAGGUGUUACUACUGAGCAGGAGCCUGAAUCAUCGACUAAUACUCCUGAGUAUAUGCUUUUUGGGUGGUAUCUCUUCUUAAUGCUUCAUUCGAGAUCACCAGAAUUGUUCAAGGAUCUGGUGUCCUGCAUCCAUGGAUUAGUUGCUGUGUUGGCCAUACUUUUGAUCCACGUGCCAGUUAAAUUUAGGAGCUUCACUGUUGAAGGCUCUUCUCACUUAAUCAAACAAACUGAGAAAGGCAUGGAUCUUAUUGCUUCGUUAUGCCAUAAUUAUCAUGCCUCUGAAGAACGUUUGAAAGAAAUGAUGGACAAGUCUCACAAGGCAAUAGAAGACGUUUUUGGCAUGAAAGCACUAAGUGCUUCAGAGUGCAAAACAGAAAAUUUGGAUAUGAUAGGCACAGAUGGCCUGAUGUAUUUCAAAGGUCUCAUUGAUAUGGAGUGUUUCCAGUCAAAUCUGGAAAAAAUGGAGAAACUAUGUAAUUCUAAUAGCAGUGAAGGGAAGCUUGAUUUUAAAUCAAUUUUGAUCAAUAAUGAUUAUAUUCCCUGUGCUGAGAACUUGUCUGGGGAUUCCACCAAUUUAGGACAUUCAAAGCAUGUCUUUGAAAUAUUGGCAUCUCCCACAAAGACAAUAAAGAACAUGUUGACUGUUCCUAGUUCCCCUUUGUCACCCGCCACCAGUGGUUCAGUCAAGAUUGUGCAAAUGACACCAGUAACUUCUGCCAUGACGACAGCUAAGUGGCUCCGUGAGGUGAUAUCUUCAUUGCCAGAGAAGCCUUCAUCUAAGCUUCAGCAGUUGCUGUCAUCAUGCGAUAGGGAUUUGACAAAUGCUGUCACAGAAAGGGUCAGCAUAGUUUUGGAAGCAAUUUUUCCAACCAAGUCUUCUGCUGAUGGGGGUGGCUCAUUAGGCCUCAAUUGUGCAAAUGUCUUUGAUAUUCCAUGGGCAGAAGCCAGAAAAAUGGAGGCUUCCAAGUUGUACUACAGGGUAUUAGAGGCAAUCUGCAGAGCUGAGUUACAAAACAGCAAUGUAAAUAAUCUAACUCCAUUGCUGUUAAAUGAGCGUUUUCACCGAUGUUUGAUUGCAUGUUCAGCAGAGCUAGUGUUGGCGACACAUAAGCCAGUCUUCAUGAUGUUUCCUGCUGUUCUUGAGAGCACGGGUCUAACUGCAUUUGAUUUGAGCAAAAUAAUUGAGAAUUUUGUGAGACAUGAAGAGACCCUCCCAAGACAAUUGAAAAGGCACCUAAAUUCCUUAGAAGAACAGCUUUUGGAAAGCAUGGUAUGGGAGAAAGGAUCAUCAUUGUAUAACUCACUGAUUGUUGCCAGGCCAUCUAUUGCUUCAGAAAUAAAACACCUUGGUCUUUUGGCUGAACCAAUGCCAUCUCUGGAUGACUUAGUGGCAAGGCAGAAUAUUCAUGUUGAGGGCUUGCCUGCUACACCAUCUAAAAAACGUGAUGCUGGUCCAGAUGACAAUGCUGAUCCUCGAUCACCAAAGAGAUCGUGCAAUGAAUCUAGGAACACAGUGGUAGAGCACAAUUUGCUGACACCUCCACCCAAGCACCACAUGGUGUCGACUAGUUUGAAAGCAAAAUGCCAUCCACUCGAGUCCACAUUUGCAAGUCCGACUGUCAGUAAUCCUGUUGGUGGGAAUGAAAAAUGUGCUGACGUGGCAAUUCAGAUAUUCUUUUCCAAAAUUCUGAAGUUGGCUGCUGUUAGAAUAAGAAACUUGUGUGAAAGGGUUCAACAUGUGGAACUGACAGAGCGUGUCUAUAAUGUCUUCAAUCAGAUUCUUGAUCAACAGACAACAUUAUUCUUUAAUAGACACAUCGAUCAACUUAUCCUUUGCUGUCUUUAUGGUGUUGCAAAGGCUUGUAAAGUAGAACUCUCAUUCAAGGAGUUACUCAACUAUUACAGAAAAGAAGCACAAUGCAAACCAGAAGUUUUUCAAAAUAUCUAUAUUGGGAGUAGGAAUAGUAAUGACGUAUUAGUAUCACGCCAUGUUAGUAUCAUUAGUUUUUACAACGCGGUGUUUGUUCCAGCAGCCAAGCCUUUCCUGGUGUCACUAAUAUCAUCUGGUACUUGUCCAGAAGACAAGAAGAAUGCUAGUGGCCCAAUUCCUGGAUCACCCAAGCCAUCUCCUCUCCCAAAUAAUUUACCAGAUAUGUCCCCGAAGAAAGUUUCAGCAUCUCAUAAUGUAUACGUGUCUCCUUUGCGGCAAACCAAGAUGGAUGCACUUCUGUCACCAAGUUCCAGGAGUUUUUAUGCAUGCAUUGGUGAAGGCACCCAUGCUUAUCAGAGCCCAUCUAAAGAUUUGGCUGCUAUAAAUAGUCGCCUAAAUUAUAGCGGCCGGAGAAUAAACAGUCGAUUAAACUUUGACAUGGUGAGCGACUCAGUGGUAGCUGGUAGUCUGGGCCAGCCAAAUGGUGGUUCUACCUCCUUCAAUCCCGCAGCUGCAUUUAGCCCCCUUUCAAAGAAGAGAAAGCCAGAUGAUCAAAUAUAAAUGGCGACAUCUCGUAUAUAGCUCACAGCUCCAUGCUCCAUAGCAGUCUAUUCUUCUGAAUAAGUGGGUUAACUGGAGUGAUUUAACUGUACAUGUAUGUGUUAGUGAGAAGCAGCAGUUUAUAGGCAGCAAACUGUUUCAAGUUAGCUUUGAGGUUGUAUCACCAUUUCCCUGCUGAUUGAUCAUAUUAGACUGUAACAUCCGCUGUAUAGAAUGCUAAUGAAUCUUUAGUUUUCAGUGGGUUGACAUAAUAAAUCCUUAUCCUAGUUGGCUGGUUGUUGGGAGACAUUCAUCAGGGUUAUAUUUGGUUGUCAAAUAGUACUGUACUUAAUUCAUAUCUUUCAUAUUUUUCACUAGCAUUGGCAACCCCAAAUUGCUUUCCUGACUAGCCUCAUAUCACAGGUAUGCCAACUCUAACUAUUUGAAUCAUUAUAUUCUAAUUUUUAAUUACUCUCUGUUUCUGCUACUUUUGUACUGUGUAUUUCCAGCUUCUCCAUGAGACUGAUGAUUCCAUGUUCAGUACUCCCUCCGUCCCAUUAAAAAUGACGUUUUUUGACUCCAUGCCAUCUUGUUUGACCAUUUGUCUUAUUGAAAAAAAUUGUAUAAAUAUUAAUUAUUUUGUUAUGACUUAUUUUUAUCAUUAGAGAUAGAGACACUUUAGUAAUAAUUUAUUUAUUUUAUAAUUUGCAAAAAAAAAAUUGAAUGGUCAAACACGGUAUCCAAAAGUCAAAAACGACACUUUCAAUGGGACGGAGGGAGUACGCUGCAAGUGAUUUGACAUAUGUGGCUUAUCCGUCAGGUAUGUCUCAUGUUGACUUCAUUGCUUUUGUAAUGGUACUGUUGACUUCAUUGCUGGUUACAAUCAACCUUUACUUGCUUUAUAUUGUUCUACUAUUUUUGGCUUGCACAGCCAGGAUUGGUUUUUGUGCAUCAAUCAAUCCUUUUCUCAGGACACAAGAUAAUUCUUGUAUGCUACACUUCCCAAAUUGCAAUUAAUUCAGAAGUCUACCUUCUUUCAUUCAGUUAGUUCUCAGCAACACUGAAUGGAUAUGAAUCAGUCAUUCCAAUAGAUGUUCAUCUGGUUAUUCCAAAUAAUCUGACAUCACAUCUCUUUCUGCAGGUGAGAUAAGGAAAACCUGAAACACUAUCACCAUUAAAACAUUGGCUCCUGGAAGUUCAGGUGAUUAGCAAAGCUCCUUCAUCUACAUCUGACAUUGGCAUGGACGUAGAGUACAGCGACUCCUGUGAUGGCAGGAGUUGUUCUUAAACAGCAGCUGCUCCUUCAGUUUGUUCAGCGCUUCUGAUAUCUGAUUGUAUUGACCGAGAGCACCCACCUUGCCUUCUGGUACCAACUGAAUGAGCUGCUGAUGCCGACUCAUCUGCAUAAUGGUAGAUUAGGUGUGGCUGUAGAAUGAGAUGCUUACCCAUCUUUACGAGCUCAGGCCAUGAUUCCAGCAGCACUGUGACCUGGGGUGCAAAUGUGAAGGCCCUGCAAGCACUUUCCAGGCCACACCAAUCCUGCUCCUUCUUGAAGAUCCAUUUUUUACUAUGGUGUCACCUAAAUAAAAGCCAUUUCUGGUUGUUGUUAUGUCUAUCCUUGACAUGUCAACAGAUUAGUGUUGGGCUGCAGUCAUGCUGUGUUUAAGUCUCUGAGAAGGCAAGUCAUUCCUGCAAGCAUUGUGAUUGUCAGGCACAGAAGUACUCAAAAGUGAGAGCGACUUGUUGCCAGCAAAUGGAGAAGGGCGAUAUUUAGGUUGAUAAUCAAAUUCAGUUCUCUGUAUACAAGCCGCAGAUUUUGUUUAGAGUUAGCUUGUUAGAUUCAUCAUUUCAUUCUUCUGAGAUUCAUCAUUUCAUUUCAUUUCACAGCUGAUUCUGUGUGUUGUAACUCCUGAGUACGAGUAGAAAUUAGAAUGCUAACUGACCUUAAUUUUCACCGAAUAAUUUUCUACCAUUUUCAGUAUGAA